AUGGACUGUAAGAAAAUUACGGAUGAAGUUUCAGAAAAAAUUUUAUCAUACAGUCAAGAUACUUCAGGAUGGAGAGUGAUAAAAGUUUCAAAAAAUGUUACAGUUUCUUCAAAGCCUUCAAAAGAGUAUGCAGGAAAUAUAUACCGUGGAGAAGGGAUAAUUGAGGAAGUCCCUAGUAAAAUUAUUCCUUUUAUGUAUCUUCCUGAAUAUCGAAGCAAAUGGGACAAAGCGUUACAGUCUUACAAGCUGUUAGAAAGGAUUGACCAGGACACGGGUAUAUACCACAGUGUAACGCACAGUUAUGGCAUGGGCCUGAUUUCGUCAAGAGAUUUUGUUGACCUGCUGCAUGUUAAACCAUAUCCUGGUGAUAUCCUUACAACUAACUCUGUCAGCGUGGAAUACUCCGGCUGCCCUCCAACUCCCUCUUGUGUCCGAGGCUAUAAUAAUCCCUGCGGAUACGUGUGCUCGCCUUUGCCCGAGAAUCCGGCGCAUUCCAAGCUCGUUGUGUUCAUUCAGCCAGAACUAGGAGGAAUGCUCCCCUGUUCUGUGGUGGAGACGGCAUUACCUACUACUCUCGUAAACUUAAUCACCGACACGAGAGCUGGACUGAAAAGCUUGAAAGACCGUAAUUAA